AUGGCCUCGAGCUCAAACCCGGUCAGCAUGGACAUGGACCCGCCCGUCCUCUCCAUCGCCGUCGAGCACGGCCCGCCGGAGUCGCGCCUGGUUCAGCUCGGCGUCAGGUCCUGGCCCAAGUGGGGCUGCCCGACGGGGAAGUUCCCGGUGAAGUUCGACGCGAGGCAGACGUGCUACCUGGUGAAGGGCAAGGUGCGGGCGCACAUCAAGGGGUCGUCCGAGUGCGUGGAGUUCGGCGCCGGCGACCUCGUCGUCUUCCCCAAGGGGCUCAGCUGCACCUGGGACGUCGUCGCCGCCGUCGACAAGUACUACAAGUUCGAUUCGUCCUGA